AACACAUGCACGAACCUUUUAUCGAAGAAGAAAAUUUGAAGAAUAAUAACGAAUACUAACUAUAUUGAAUAUUUUGAUAAAAUUUUGACAAAUUAUAUAAUUGAACUCGAAUAAACCUCGAAACAAGAUUAUUUUAUAAAAGCUCAAAUAAAAUGGGUGGAGAUCACCAUCACCACGGACCCCCUUAUAAAGUUCCAGACUAUAGAAUUUAUAAAGUAGAAGAUGCUCCUCAAUUAGUUCAAUUGCGCGAUGCACUUGCCGCAAAAGGGCUUAGAGAUCCGUGGAUAAGAAACGAAGUAUGGCGAUUUAAUCCACAACAUUUUGGUACACAUGGUGAAAGAAUACGAGGUUUAUUAUUCCGUGGUUUUAAAUGGGGAUUAAUUGCAGCUGUCGCAACUGUAGCUGCAGAAAAAGCUUAUGAUGCUGCAUUUCCAUCUGAACAUGGGCAUGGACAUGGCCAUCACUAGAAUUUUUAUAAUAUAUUGUAAAUAAUAUUUAUGUUAGUGAAAUGUUUUAAAAAAUGAAAAUA